UCCGAAGCUGCCGCGCCCGCCCCGCCGCAACGGCUAAUCCCCUCGUCCCCGCUAUAAAUCCGCCGCUCCAUCCCCCGCAUCCCCACGCAACACUCACGAGCCUCGCUCGAGCGCAGCAGCGAGCCCCGAGAAGCCGACGAGAAGGGAAGUGGGAGAGCCGUCCGCCGAGGCGCCGAGCCCCCCACCUCGCCAGCCCGCGGCCUCGGUUUUCCUGCUCGCCCAGCGCCCCAGCAGCAUCUCCAGAGCGUUCCCCUUCUCGCCCGUCCGUCUGUCUGUCUCCAUGGCCGCCUCCACCAAGACCGCCGCCGUCCUCCUCGCCGCGGUCCUCCUCGCGCUCGUCGCGUCCGCGGCGGCCAGCAGGAAGCUCGAGGAGGACGCCGCCCUCCUGGGCAGCCUCGCCCCGGCGCCCGCGCCGGCCAUGGGCGCCGCCGCGGGGAUCGCCGCCGGCGCGCCCGGGGCGUGGGCCGUCGCAGCCCUCGUCUCGCUCGUCGCCUUCCUCGCGCACUGAGGACCCUGUGAUCUGGGAUUGGCUGGGAGAGGAGAGGGGAAUGUUUGUGUUCGUUCCGUUUGCUCUAGGCGUUCCAGUGCUGCUGAUCUCUCUUUUGCCUGUAUAAGAGAGGAAUUGUGUCUUUUAAUAAUAACAUUUAUUUGUUAUUCUUUUAUAAUCGGUGACCUUUUGUGUGGA